UUUUCUUUCUCUCUUCACACAAACUUUCUCUGUCACACAUUAAACAACUCUUUCUCUUCCUUUCUCCGGUCGAAGCACCCCCAUUUUCCGAUGGCCGCCGUAGCUUCGCCGACGCCACGUGGCUCUCGAUCCAAGUCUCAAGAACCAUCCAAAAACCUCGAGAAUUUCGACCCUAACAAACAGAGCCCUGUUCCCAAACCCUCUUGUUAUUUUUCCUCUUCCUCUUCCCCUCUCGCCAGAUCAAACUCCAAGAAACCCAACGCGGUUGUUAGCUGCUACUAUUCCCCUCAGAACAAGAUCCGCCAGAGGAAGUUCGUCGUGGCAAAGAAGAAGAAAGAGAAGGAGGGUGCAGGGUCUUGCAAGUGCAAGGGAAGGGAUGGUGCAAACAAGAACAACGACAAGUGUGUUUGUGUGGCUUACAACAACCUGAGAAAGUCCCAGGAAGAGUUUUUCAAGAAUGAAGAUGACGGUGGUGAUGAUGAUGAUGAUGACGAUGAAGGGGUUUCAGAGACCGAGGAAGAAGAAAAAGAAGGAGGAUUGGGAAAGGGUGAUGUGGUGGUGAAGCGUAGGAGGGAGAGGGUGAUGGAAGCGGCGAGGAAGAGUGUUCCACAAAGUGGGUCUGGGAAGGUAAUGCAUUUGGUGAAGGCUUUUGAGAAGCUUUUGACUAUUCCUGCAGAGAAGGAAGAUGAGGAGUCUCAAGAGAAGGAUAACAACAAGGUGGGGAAAUGGGCACUGCCAGGGUUGCAAACAACACCAUCUGAGGCUUCGUUUUGCCCACCAAACUCAAAUUGUGUCCUCACAUCACAAAACCUUGGCUUGGAUCCUGGGGCAUCCGUUUCCUCUUCCUGGGACAGCAGCCGUGCAAGUGUGUAUAGCAGGACUUCUACUGGGGGUAGAAGAAGCAGGAGAAAUAGUCUGGAAUCAUCAAGCACUUUACGGAGAAGGAGGUGGAAAAAGCAGCAGCAGCAGAAAGUCACCAGCCAGAAGCCAUUCAAGCUAAGAACUGAGCAAAGGGGAAAGUUAAAAGAUGAGGAAUUUGUAAAGAAGAUACAAGAGAUGUCAGCAGAAGAAGAGAAGCAAAGGAUACCUGUUGCACAAGGUCUUCCUUGGACAACAGAUGAACCAGAGUGCUUGGUAAAACCUCCAGUGAAAGAAAUUACUAGGCCUAUUGACCUGAAACUUCACAGUGAUGUGCGGGCACAAGAUCGCGCUGAGUUUGACCAUCAGGUGGCAGAAAAGUUGAACUUAAUAGAGCAAUACAAAUUAGAAAAGGAGAGACAACAGAAGUUGGCCGAAGAGGAAGAAGUAAGAAGGUUGAGGAAGGAACUCAUUCCAAAAGCACAACCCAUGCCAUAUUUUGAUAGACCUUUUAUGCCAAGGAGGUCAAUGAAGAGUCCAACUAUACCUAGAGAACCCAAGUUUCAUAAUCACAAGAAAAUCAAGUGCAGCUUAUCAUCAUGGAGCGAUAUGAGCAGCACCUACUCCUCCUCCUGCCUUAACUAAGUUUCCAAAUAUUAUUUGUUGAUUGAAGAUUGAAUUGUGAAGUGAAUAAUAAAUAUUUUUUUUAUUCCUUACCCCGCUUCUCUGAAUGAAUGAUCUUCAGUUUUCUAUGCAGGCAACUAAUUUAGUUGCACA